AAACCAAAGCUACUGCUACUGCCAACUGGUAGCCACACAGGCGCUAGUCAACCGACGCCGCCGGUUGGUCGGAUCCCUCUCCGCCCUCCUCUACUCACUCCACUCACCUGCCUGCCGCGCACCAGUCACCUCUGCCUCUGCUCCGCUUGCUGCGGCCGGCGGCGUCCGCAAAGCUUCCUCCGAUUCGACCCCGAUCGGGACACGCGUUCUCCAUGGCGGAGCAGCUCAGCUCAUCCCAGGAUGCCCCCAAUCGCCCUGCGCCGGCACAGAGGGUACUGGUGACGAACACGCAUGGUGAGACUCUCGUCGGCCUGCUGCACCACAUGGGGUCCGACAAGGUUGUGGUGCUCUGCCAUGGCUUUAGAGCUUCCAGGGACGAUAGCCUCAUUACUGAUCUUGCGGCUGCACUAACAAAGCAAGGGAUUAGCGUGUUUCGUUUUGAUUUUAGUGGAAAUGGAGAAAGUGAAGGUGAAUUCCAGUAUGGCAACUACAAGAAGGAGGCUGCUGACUUGCACUCUGUUGUCUUGUAUCUUCGCCAGGAAAAGUACAAUGUAGCAGCAAUUGUUGGUCACAGCAAAGGUGGAGAUGUGAUGGUUCUAUAUGCCUCUAUCUACAACGAUGUCCCCAUGGUGGUUAACCUUUCUGGUCGAUUUAAUUUGGAGAAAGGCAUUGAAGAGCGCCUAGGCAAAGAGUUUAUGGAUAGAAUAAACAAAGAAGGCUACAUUGAUGUCACAAACAAAUCAGGAAAGGUUUUGUACAGAGUGACCAAAGAGACCUUGAUGGAACGACUGAGUAUUGAUAUGCACGCAUCAAGCCUUUCCAUCAGCAAAGAGUGCAGGUUCUUUACAAUUCAUGGUUCAGCUGACGAGAUCAUACCCGUGGAAGAUGCAUACGAGUUUGCAAAGCUUAUACCAAACCACAAACUGCGUGUCAUUGAGGGAGCAAAUCACUGCUACACUGCUCACCGUAGAGAACUUUCUGAUGCUGUAGUAGAAGCCAUCACAUCCAGUGAGGCAGGGGAGACCAAACCCUAGAGCAGAUGCAUAACGGCGUCCUCCUCCAGCCUGCUCUUCCAAGCCUGCCAUCUCAUCACCCCAGUCACCUUACCUUAUUAUAAAGGCUUAGAUUAGACAUAGACAGACCCUGGUUUUGCUCCUCCAUCUGUCGCUUUCUGAGAAAUUAAAUAUUUUCAACUUUGAUGAAGUAUAUACAAGAAAUUAUUAAUAUUUAUGAUAUAUAAUAAGUAUCGUUAGAU